UGGCCGUGGGGACUGCCCUUUAGCGCCCCCUACGGACCAUACGGGUGGUUCCCAGGGCCAGUUAACUGGGCAUCUCCACACGCCACCUGUAAUCAGGUCUGGCAAGGGGGGAGCGCUGCUUUGCCCACCCAGGGGCCAACGGCACAGUUCAGCUCUGCUUGGCAUACUGGGGAUGGGCCCGUACCCUUGGGGGACCACCUCCUUCCAGCAGUUAAGGAACGGAUUUGGAAAGGAGAGUGCAUUGACGUGUUCCAAUUGCUCUUCAAGGAGCCGGAGCCACUGGAGAAGGAGGGGUCCCAGGGGAAGGACAAGGAGAGGACAAAGCGGAAGCCCAUUGAGCAUAAUUGGGCAAAUUGGGUUUCGGGGUACACAAUCUACAUGGGUGUUCUGAUGCAGAAAUAUCCAGAGCGGGGCCCCGCUCUUGUUAAGUAUUUUGAUAUUAUACACAGAGCCUUCAUGGACUUUGCUGGUAAUGCCUGGGAGCGCUACGACCAAGCGUUCCGCGAGCGCGCCUCCAGCAAUGCGGGUAUAUCCUGGGAAAGGCAGCACCCCGAGUUAUGGCUUCAGAUUAUGACACCCGCGAGGCCCUUGGUUGGCGAGCGCGCCGACAGCGGGCACCUCAUUUCCAAAACACCGGCAGCGUCAGCGGCUUCGGCCUCAGGCGCACAGGGGGUUCAAGGUCCCCUGGUGUGCUGGGAAUUUAACAAGAACGGGAAGUGUGCCCGCUCCCCGUGCAAGUACCGGCAUGACUGUGGCUUCUGCGGUGGGCGGCACGCCAGUAUCUACUGCCAGCGGGCCAAAGCCCUUAGGGGAAAAGGGGGAUACCAAGGCCCGGGAGGGGCAAAGGGCCCAGCAGCCACGGCUGGAAAAGGGCCCCAGCCCAAUUAAAAUCCCGGUGCUCCGGAGGCUGCUGCGUGACUACCCCAACAGGGAGCGCGCACGCUAUAUUGAGGACGGUUUUGUGAAGGGGUUUAGGAUUCCGUGCCAAUCCAGGCGGGUCCAUAGUUUUGCACGCAACCUAAAAUCGGUUAGGGGGAUGGAACACAUAGUAGCGAAAAAGAUAGCCAAGGAGGUGUCUCUGGGGAGGGUGCUGGGCCCCUUUGACAGGCUGCCACUGCCAACAUUGCGGGUAUCCCCUUUGGGCGUGGUCCCUAAGAAGGCGCCGGGAGAGUAUAGGCUUAUCCACCACCUGUCCUACCCAAGGGGCGACUCGGUUAACGAUGGGAUACCGGCGGACCUUUGCUCAGUACGGUAUACAUCGUUUGAUGAGGCUGUGGCCAUGAUCAGGGGCUGCGGGCCUCGGGCACUGAUGGCGAAGUGCGACAUUGAAUCCGCCUUCCGCCUCCUGCCCGUGCACCCUGAUGACUUUGACCUUUUGGGCUUCGCAUUUAAAGGGGGAUUUUACAUCGACAGAGCCCUCCCCAUGGGAUGCUCGGUCUCCUGUGCGGCCUUUGAGGCUUUCAGCUCUAUGCUGGAAUGGGCACUGCGCCGGAGGGCGGGGCUACGCUCCUCCGCUCACUAUUUAGAUGACUUUAUUUUCGGAGGAAGGGAGGGCUCUGGCCAAUGCCUACACUUACUGCGCUCAUUCAGGGCACUCUGCGGGGAUCUGGGGGUGCCACUGGCUAAGGACAAGACAGAGGGCCCGACCACGAAGCUUACAUUUCUGGGGAUAGAGCUGGACACGGUGGGACAGCUCUCACGCCUCCCCGGGGACAAGCUCAGCAUCAUGAGGGAAUUGCUCAGGGAAUGCAGAGAGGCUAGGAAGGUAACGCUACGCAAAUUGCAAUCGCUGGUUGGCCACCUGAACUUCGCUUGCAGGGUGGUGGCUCCAGGCCGCCCCUUUCUAAGGCGCCUGUGUGAUGCCAUGGUGGGGUGUAAUCGACCCCAUUUCCUCAUUAGGGUGUCUACCGCCAUGAGGGAGGAUAUGGGGCUCUGGCUCAGGUUCCUGGAGUCCUUUAAUGGGGUGUCAUUCUGGCGUUCUUCCCAGCUGCUCGAGGCCGACUUCCAGGUUCAGUCAGACGCCGCGGGCGGCCUUGGGUUCGGCCUGUACCUGAGAGGGCGCUGGUGCGCGGAACGAUGGCCGGGCAGCUGGUCGGAACGGGGAAUCACAAGGGAUCUCACCUUCCUCGAACUCUUCCCCAUUGUGGUGGCGGUGCACAUUUGGGCCGAGUCCUUCAAGGACUCGGUCGUGCGUUUCUGGUGCGAUAAUUUGGCCGUGGUUCAGAUUAUUAAUAGCCAGACUUCCAAAUCACAGAGGGUGAUGGGGCUGGUGCGGGCCCUGGUUCUAACAUGCCUUCGCCAUAACACGCUCUUCACCGCCCAGCAUGUUCCAGGGGUGCAGAAUGAGGUGGCAGAUGCCCUGUCUCGCUUCCAGAUGCAGCGCUUCCGGAAGCUGGCACCUGGAGCCGCCAAGGAGCCCGAGCAGGGCCUCAGUCGGCUGGGCCGAGGGCGGCCGGGCAGCGCGCAAGAGUCCUCAUACUGGGCCAUUCCUUCAUUUUCUGGGCACGCAAGUGGGCGCAGAGCGCCGACCCUGGAACCCAGCUUGGUUUGGGGCGUUGGGCCACUGUGGAGUGGCUUGGCCGGCGGGGCAUGCGGAGGGCCCAGUUCCUGCCGAUGCUGCACGAGUUCCUGGAAGGGAAUCCUGUCCCGGAUGUCCUGCUGCUGCAUUUUGGAGGCAACGACCUGGUGGACCAGUCUGGCAUUUCGCUCUCAAGACAGAUUGCCCAGGACCUGGUGGUCGCCCUCUCCUGGUGCCCGGGGCUGGUGGUCAUCUGGUCUGACAUCACUCAGCGGCGAGUCUGGAGGGGGGCGGUGAAGCAGAACAAGGUAGAUAGGGCUAGGCGCGGGGUGAACGCGGCCAUGGCACACUUCAUCGCCUCAAAGGGGGGUGGGUGCAUCCCACACAACGACAUCGCGUUCUCGCUCCCCCAGUUAUUCAGGGGUGAUGGGGUGCACUUGUCCCCCCUUGGUAUGAGGUAUUUCUUAGACGAUCUGCGGCUGGGGUUGGCAACAGUGCUGUUAGGCCUGUGGGGUGGCGGGGCGUCAAGCUAGGCUGACGCCCGCUGUGGCGGGCACAGUGCGGAGGUGAGCGGCUGAUGCGGUGCGGCACCUUAGGUAAGCUUUAGCUGUAAGGUGGAGGGGCAGAUCCCUUGAGGCUUUACAGAUCAGGGAUGCUGCCUUGCUCCCACCUCCCUGCAACCGACACCCUUCCGUAUGGCUUUACAGCGUCGGACAGGUGAUGUAAAUUGCAGGGUCCUGACCUUAGGUCGGCAACGAAGGGCGCCCCCUUCUGGAAGGUGGGCCGCCUGGAGCCGAGGUGUCUGUGCCAUGAGAUUCUAGGGCGGGGGUGGCCACGUGGUGCCCCCCCCAUCCGAGCCCGCACUGUUGCUGCUCUGAAUGCCAACCCCAGCUGCCGUGCCUGUGCAGGCACUGUCUUAAAACCUUGUACCCCUAAUAAAGUGACCAGUUCCUCCAUAAUACUUCUGUGUCCGUGUCUCCUUGGGUCUGGGUGCAAGCCAGCCGAUCGCAGCCGCUCUAGGCUGCGCGGCUUGUUUGCCCUCAGCCCCACCCCCUGGAGCACAUGGCACUGGGAGCUAGCUCCCAUUGGCCCGGCUCCGUCUCGGAGGCGGGGCUAGCAGCAGUGAACCGGCAGCAGGCCUGUGCCGGCUCAGUCCUUCCCUGACCGAGCACCCUCCCUCCCUCCCUCUGGCAUAGGUUGGGCUUUGCUGGUCGCCGUUUGGGGCCGGGCAGGAAUUUUUUGGGUAUACGCUUGAUUGGCCUUAGCGUGCACCUUUUUUCGCCUGCCUCAACCUAUACCAGUUAGUAGCAAGGUUGCUUAGCAGGAUUGAUUAGUUAGCCAGGGAAAAGCUUGUGGUCACUUUUACCACGGGGUUAGCGGGCACAGUGCGGAGGUGAGCGGCUGAUGCGGUGCGGCACCUUAGGUAAGCUUUAGCUGUAAGGUGGAGGGGCAGAUCCCUUGAGGCUUUACAGAUCAGGGAUGCUGCCUUGCUCCCACCUCCCUGCAACCGACACCCUUCCGUAUGGCUUUACAGCGUCGGACAGGUGAUGUAAAUUGCAGGGUCCUGACCUUAGGUCGGCAACGAAGGGCGCCCCCUUCUGGAAGGUGGGCCGCCUGGAGCCGAGGUGUCUGUGCCAUGAGAUUCUAGGGCGGGGGUGGCCACGUGGUGCCCCCCCCAUCCGAGCCCGCACUGUUGCUGCUCUGAAUGCCAACCCCAGCUGCCGUGCCUGUGCAGGCACUGUCUUAAAACCUUGUACCCCUAAUAAAGUGACCAGUUCCUCCAUAAUA